ACAACACUUGACUCAUCUGCGUGUGUCUCACUGCUCCUCUCUGCUAGACUGAUAGACUCACCGGCGCAGAGAGACAAACCACAUAGAAACAGCGAAGAGUUGAAUUUAAAGGAAUCUAUUCCAGCUGACUUGGACUGGAGACAUGACCAAAGAGACUGAGACUCUGGGACUGGUUUUUCAUGGUGAGAACUUCAACUAUAACCAUUACACAAAUUACAUCAUGGACUCCUGGUCCUACCUGGAGGGCCCUGUCCCCGAGCAGAACCACUCCAAACCCAGACUCCAUCCAGGAGACGACCUGGCGGCGUUAACCAUGCUUUAUGAACAGUGCAAGAGCCAGAAAGAUCAGAAGGCUGCUGCCUGCAACCGUGGCGCUAACAUCUACAAAAUGGACAGGACUCCAACCAAUACCAGUGAACUUGUUUCAAUGGAGGCGUCCGCCAACGUCAUGAAGAUUCUCUCUGAGAGCAUUCCCACAAGCCAUCCCCAGGAAGUUUUGGGAUCAAAGCAGCAGACCUCCAUGCCCAUCUCUGUUCCCUCAGACACCUACACCACCCUGACCAGCGUGGUGACAGAACCUUACGACAAACAGGAGCUCAAUAUCAUCUUUGACUCCCUGCUGCAGAAGUGGCCAGAGCCCGGUGCUUUCCCUGACCCCAGCAAUGAGACUCUUCCCUACAGCGAUCCCUUCCCUGACAACCAGUCCAGCCCCGCCUACUCUGGCUCCUACACCGGCUCCCCACCAGAGAGAUUCAGGAGUGAGUUCCAGUUUUCUCUGGGAGCUCCCCUGGCUUCCGCUUACAAGUCCAGCGAGCUGCCCAUGGUCUACCUGAACAAGGGACAGUUCUACCCCAUCACUCUCCAGGGAGUGGACAGCAGCGCCUGCAUCACUGCCACCAAAGUCAAAACUGUGGUGAUGGCCGUGUUUGAGAAUGACAAGACCCCAGAAAUGCAGCUCCGCUUUUGGAAUCACUGGCAUGCGCGGCAGCCAACCGUCAAGCAGAGGGUCAUUGACAUUGCGGACUACAAAGAAGUAUUCAGCGGCAUUAGCAACGUGGAGGAGGUGGCUUUCAACGCUCUCUCCUUUGUGUGGAACCCCAAUGAAGAAGCCAAGGUGUACAUCGGCAUCAACUCCCUGAGCACAGACUUCUCCUCUCAGAAGGGAGUGAAAGGCCUGCCCCUGAACCUCCAGAUCGACACUUACGACUUCAGCUCAGGAAGCAACCAGCUCUUGCACAGAGCGGCUUGUCAGGUCAAGAUUUUCUGUGAUAAGGGUGCAGAGAGGAAGAUGCGCGAUGAGGAGAGGAAGAGGAGCAAGAGGAGGGGAAAGAAUGCUAAUGAUGCUAACACCAACAAGCCUUUAGUGAGCAGCUCCAUGGGCAGUGAAUGUACCCUCUUCCAGACCCUGGAUGACCACGUCACCCAGCCAGUUCUUUUUAUUCCAGAAACACACCUCUCCAGCUUGCAGCGCAUGGCCGCUCCCAUGGACGAGACCGACAGGAGUUCUCUGAAGAGGUUGUACCCAGACAGAGAUCAGAGCAGCUCACCGCCCAGCAAGCAAGCCCGCAGAGAAGACCCCCAGAGAGUUCUGCUGUACGUGAGGACAGGCGCAGAGGAGGUGUUCGAUGCGCUCAUGCUCAGCACGCCAACACUGUCAGGCCUACGAGAAGCCAUUUCAGAAAAGUACGGUAUGCAAAAAGACACCAUUGGGAAAAUCUACAAAAAAUGCAAGAGAGGGAUUUUUGUCAACAUGGACGAUAACAUCAUCGAACACUACACCAACCAGUCGGCCUUCCUCAUCGACAUGUCCGAGGUGGUCUCUGGUCAGUUCCAGGUCACUCUAGUUGAAGUAUGAGAACAAGUCAGCUGUCUGCUCUAUUGAAGGAUGAAAAAAAAAAAAAGAAAUCACAGCUGCCAGUUUGUACCACCUGUCAAAGCACUGCCCAGUCAGAGACAAUGUAAGCUAUGGACUUCCCAAACCAAAGACACAACUGGAUUGAAGAGGCCUCUCCAGUUUUUGUGAUUUCAGAUGAAAAUGUCACACUGUUUCUUGAUUUUUUUUUUUUUUUGUUGUUGUAAAUACCACUCGGCCCAAUUCUUAUGGUUUUGCUAUUUGAAUUUAAUAUUUUAAUGUAAGAGCAAUUAUAAUGAACAGCCUGUACAUAUAUAAUGUAAAUAGAUUUUAAUAUGACAAUUUUUUAUGAACUAGCCAUGCGCAUGUUGCCAACCAUUUUCCUCAUAUUGCUAUGUAUUUCAAUUUUUUUUUUUUUUUUACAGUGCCCUGUACAUGAUUUUUGUACAGCGUGUAUUUUCAGCAUUUUCAGAGAUUGGUAUUCUUGCUGCUUUCAGUAUACUCAUCAUUUCUUCUGCAAGAGCCAAUGGUGCGUUUUCUCAGCCACGUCCUGCUGAUAAUGAUUUUCACUGCCAAAAGUAUCUUAGUCUCCUAACCCUUCCUCUAGGUUCCUGUUAGUUUCACGACUAAGUUGGCCCGACACUGGGUUACAUUCAGAACCAAAAGUCACACAUUUCCACCCAUAAAACCACAGGAGAGUUUGUAGUGGGCUGUCAUUCAGCCCAAAGCUGUGGACAUUUCCUGACUGUAAUGGUGUAACCACAGAUUUUUUACCUGGAAACAGUUCAAACAACUACAACCAUGAGGCCUGCCAGAGGAGUUUCAUAUGUAUGCGUGUGUUUAAGGAUGAGUGUGUGUGUAAAAAGUUGCAGGAUUUUUUUUUUUUCCUUAUACAUUAUGCAUCAUUUCAAAGCGAACAUGUAUGUUGUAAUAUUUCAUUAUUAUACUAUGGCAAUUCUGGUUGUGUUAGUCAAAUCUUGCCCCCCUUUUGUAAGAAAAUAAAAAAAAUGUAUAAUA